AUGCCCCGUCCCAUCUCCUCAGCUCCUCGGAAGCGAGGUUCCACGUGCGACCGUCCAAGCCCUCGGUACCCAAAGGGAGACUGCAUGUUCUACCCAUACGCCUCCGCUCCCUCGGUCCGCCCUAUCCACGUCCACAGCACUCUGCGUGUUGUCUUUAGUGUUGUGCCCAACAGCUCUACCGAAGCUCUGGGUAUCAAACUCAAGGCCGCGCUCCUGGCAAGGGGCGUAGUCCUGCUCAACAAGCCCAGCGAUCCCAAGGCAUCCGACGCUCACCUCACAUUCCUCAUCGCAGUUGCCCACCCAGAGGAGGACCGCCUCGAGCACGCCGCUUUUUCUCGCAUCAGCUGGGCGGAGCUCAUCCCCCUAAUCUACCGUGUGGAAUGCCAGGGCGCUGCUCUCCGCGACUGCGUUCACGGCAAGAUUCCCUCGAUUCCCAUGACCGUCAGCACCCUCCUCUUCUUCACAGAAGACCACUCGGACGUAAAGGCAUCGCUUGCAGCGUUCGAGAGACGUUGGAGAUGCCCCAGUGUCGCUAUCCCGGAGAUGCGCAUCCGCGCUCGUUCCCUCACCCCUCCCGAGUUUGAGGGUGACUUUGAUAUGGAGAAGCACGGUCACCUCCUCGUCGCCGAGUACGUCCCGGGCUUUUACUACAACUGGAGGGACUGGCCCAUGGGGGGGUCCAGGGACGGCAACCCAACUGGGUCUGGUGAUCCCGAGAUUGUAGCUGCCUGGGAGACGAAGAUGAUCAGCCUGGGCAGGGCGAUAAGGGGUACUGGGGAGACGGCUCCGGAGGAUGAUAAGGCUGGAGAUGGGCAUGUUGAGGAGGCGGUGGAGGCGGUCGACGCCCCGCUUAAGCCAAAGGGCAAGAUGGAACCGCUGCCUCUAUCCCCUCCCGGUCUGUCAACGCGAUCGCGGGGCCGUCCAAGUCCAAGCCAGCCCAGUCGGUCAGCCUGGUUCCUUACCUCGAUGACUCCGACUCGGACGACGAGGAUGAGGCCGAUGCCUAGGCCCCUGUCUGCUGUAAUCUCCUCGAAGUAG